AUUCCAAUAAAACAUGGGUUCAUAAACUUUUUGAAGGAACUUUGACAAAUGAAACAAAGUGCCUAACUUGUGAAACCGUAACAAGUAGAGAUGAAUCAUUUCUUGAUCUUUCAAUAGACAUAGAACAAAAUACCUCAGUAACAAACUGUUUAAAACAAUUUUCUGCAAGUGAAAUACUAUGUCAUAAAAAUAAAUUUUUGUGUGAUGUAUGUUGUAGUUUACAAGAAGCUGAAAAAAG